UUCGAACCUGCUUCGGCAAGUAGUCUUUGCCUGGUUGUUCCUCUAUGCCAUUGCAUUCGAAAAGUACAUAUUCGCGCUGCUGGUUGUUGCAACAGCAGAAAGUAAUAAAAGCUCGGCUCGCAUGCAAUUUUCAUUAGUGGGAAAAUUGUUUGAUAUUUAAGAGGCAACCGAGGAAUAUAAACAGAAUCAACAGCAGCAGGCAUACACACUCACACCUACACAUUCCAAACUUAAUUAAUAAUAGAAAACAAAAAUAAAUCCAAGUAAAAAGAAAAUCGAAAUACAGUCGAGGUGCCGAGCGGAGAGCCAUACGACCAAAAUGUGGCGGCAGUCAACGAUACUGGCCGCGUUAUUAGUGGUUUUUGUGACGAGCUGUGCAGCAAGCAAACACAAUCGCCCACCAAGAAUCACCAAACAACCGGCUCCCGGAGAAUUGCUCUUCAAAGUAGCCCAGCAAAAUAAGGAAAGUGACAAUCCAUUCAUUAUCGAGUGUGAAGCCGAUGGACAACCUGAACCAGAAUAUAGUUGGAUCAAGAACGGCAAGAAGUUUGAUUGGCAGGCGUACGACAACCGAAUGCUGCGGCAGCCUGGUCGUGGAACCCUGGUGAUUACCAUACCCAAGGACGAGGAUCGUGGCCACUACCAGUGCUUCGCAUCCAAUGAAUUUGGAACGGCCACCUCGAAUUCGGUGUAUGUGCGAAAGGCUGAAUUGAAUGCCUUCAAGGAUGAAUCGCCCAAAACUUUCGAGGCCGUCGAGGGUGAGCCCUUCAUGCUGAAGUGUGCGGCACCCGAUGGUUUCCCUAGUCCUACGGUCAACUGGAUGAUCCUGGAGUCCCUGGAUGCCACCAUUAAAUCGAUUAACAGCUCCCGAAUGACCCUGGAUCCCGAGGGUAAUCUCUGGUUCUCGAAUGUUACACGUGAAGAUGCCAGUGAUGAUUUCUACUACGCCUGUUCGGCCACCUCGGUGUUCCGUAGUGAAUACAAGAUUGGCAACAAGGUGCUUUUGGAUGUUAAGCAGAUGGGUGUGAGUGCCUCUCAGAAUAAGCAUCCGCCUGUCCGCCAGUAUGUGUCACGUCGCCAAUCUUUGGCCCUACGCGGCAAGCGAAUGGAACUGUUUUGCAUCUACGGUGGCACCCCGCUGCCGCAAACCGUUUGGACCAAGAAUGGCCAGCCGAUACAAUGGAGCGACCGCAUUACACAAGGACACUACGGCAAAUCCCUGGUCAUUAGGCAAACAAACUUCGAAGAUGCUGGUACAUACACGUGCGACGUUUCCAACGGUGUGGGCAAUGCCCAGUCCUUCUCAAUCAUCUUGAAUGUUAAUUCCGUGCCGUACUUUACCAAAGAGCCCGAAAUUGCCACCGCUGCCGAGGACGAGGAAGUUACCUUCGAAUGUCGGGCUGCUGGUGACCCAGAGCCAAAGAUCAGUUGGAUCCACAACGGCAAGCCGAUCGAGCAGAGUCCACCGAAUCCCCGACGAACAGUUACGGACAAUACAAUCCGAAUCAUUAAUUUGGUUAAGGGAGAUACUGGUAACUACGGUUGCAACGCCACCAAUUCCUUGGGCUAUGUUUACAAGGAUGUCUACCUAAAUGUCCAGGCUGAGCCGCCAACUAUCUCGGAAGCUCCCUCGGCUGUGGCCAGUGUGGAUGGCAGGAAUGUCACUAUUAAGUGCCGCGUUAAUGGCUCUCCCAAGCCGUUGGUCAGAUGGUUGAGGUCCAGCAACUGGCUGACUGGAGGACGUUACAAUGUCCAGUCAAACGGUGAUCUAGAGAUCCAGGAUGUAACAUUCUCGGAUGCUGGCAAAUAUACGUGUCAUGCGCAGAAUAAGUUUGGCGAAAUCCAAGCUGAUGGUUCAUUGGUGGUCAAGGAGCAUACAAGAAUCACUCAGGAGCCGCAGAACUACGAAGUGGCCGCCGGACAAUCGACUACAUUCCGCUGUAACGAGGCUCACGAUGAUACCUUGGAAAUUGAGAUCGAUUGGUGGAAGGAUGGUCAGUCCAUUGACUUUGAAGCCCAGCCGCGGUUCGUGAAGACCAACGAUAAUUCAUUGACAAUUGCCAAGACCAUGGAACUGGAUUCCGGCGAAUAUACUUGUGUGGCCAGGACGCGCUUAGAUGAAGCCACGGCUAGGGCGAAUCUGAUUGUCCAGGAUGUCCCUAAUGCCCCAAAACUCACGGGUAUUCUCUGUCAGGCCGACAAGGCUGCGAUCCAAUGGGAACCCCAGGGUGACAAUCGUUCACCUAUCCUCCACUAUACCAUCCAGUUCAAUACCUCCUUCACGCCCGCCUCCUGGGAUGCUGCCUACGAGAAGGUGCCCAAUACGGACUCCUCGUUCGUUGUCCAGAUGUCACCGUGGGCCAAUUACACAUUCCGUGUGAUUGCCUUCAACAAGAUCGGAGCCUCACCGCCAUCGCCGCACAGCGAUAGUUGCACCACCCAGCCAGAUGUGCCAUACAAGAAUCCCGACAAUGUCGUUGGUCAGGGCACUGAGCCCACCAACCUGGUCAUCUCAUGGACUCCCAUGCCAGAGAUCGAGCACAAUGCACCCAAUUUCCAUUACUAUGUGAGCUGGAAACGUGAUAUCCCCGCUGCCGGAUGGGAAAACAAUAACAUUUUCGACUGGCGACAGAAUAACAUUGUCAUCGCCGAUCAACCGACAUUCGUCAAAUAUCUGAUCAAGGUGGUGGCCAUUAACGAUAGGGGCGAGUCUAAUGUGGCCGCUCAGGAAGUGGUUGGCUACUCCGGAGAAGAUCGUCCACUAGAUGCUCCCACCAACUUUACAAUGAGACAGAUCACAUCCUCGACCAGUGGCUACAUGGCUUGGACACCGGUGUCGGAGGAAUCGGUGAGGGGACACUUCAAGGGCUACAAGAUCCAGACAUGGACCGAGAAUGAGGGCGAAGAGGGUCUGAGGGAGAUCCACGUAAAGGGCGAUACCCAUAAUGCUUUGGUCACCCAAUUCAAGCCAGAUUCUAAGAACUUUGCCCGCAUUCUGGCCUACAAUGGACGCUUCAAUGGACCACCAAGUGCCGUCAUCGAUUUCGAUACCCCAGAGGGUGUGCCAUCACCGGUUCAAGGAUUGGAUGCCUACCCCCUUGGCUCCUCCGCAUUCAUGCUCCAGUGGAAGAAGCCCCUGUACCCCAAUGGCAAGCUCACCGGCUACAAGAUCUACUACGAAGAGGUUAAGGAAAGCUAUGUGGGCGAGCGACGCGAAUACGAUCCUCAUAUCACCGACCCCAGGGUCACACGAAUGAAGAUGGCCGGCUUGAAGCCCAACUCCAAGUAUCGCAUCUCCAUCACGGCCACCACGAAAAUGGGAGAGGGAUCUGAGCACUAUAUCGAGAAGACAACUCUAAAGGACGCCAUCAAUGUGGUACCGGCCACGCCCUCUUUCUCCUGGGAGCAACUGCCAUCCGACAACGGUCUGGCCAAAUUCCGCAUCAUCUGGCUGCCAAGUACAGUAGGUCAUCCGGGCACACAUUUCUUCACCAUGCACAGGAUUAAGGGCGAAACCCAGUGGAUCCGCGAAAAUGAGGAGAAGAACUCCGUCUACCAGGAAGUGGGCGGUUUAGAUCCGGAGACCGCCUACGAGUUCCGAGUAGUCUCCGUAGAUGGUCACUUCAAUACGGAGAGUGAAACGCAGGAGAUCGACACGAACACCGUUGAAGGUCCGAUAAUGGUGGCCAACGAGACUGUGGCCAAUGCCGGAUGGUUCAUCGGCAUGAUGCUGGCCCUGGCCUUCAUUAUCAUCCUGUUCAUCAUCAUCUGCAUCAUCCGGCGCAAUCGGGGCGGCAAGUACGAUGUCCACGAUCGGGAGCUGGCCAACGGCCGGCGAGAUUAUCCCGAAGAGGGUGGCUUCCACGAGUACUCGCAACCGUUGGAUAACAAGAGCGCUGGUCGCCAAUCCGUGAGUUCAGCGAACAAACCCGGCGUGGAAAGCGACACCGAUUCGAUGGCCGAAUACGGUGAUGGCGACACAGGACAAUUUACCGAGGAUGGCUCCUUCAUCGGCCAGUAUGUUCCUGGAAAGCUUCAGCCGCCGGUUAGUCCACAGCCUCUGAACAAUUCCGCCGCGGCGCAUCAGACGGCGCCAACUGCCGGUGGAUCGGGAGCCGCCGGAUCGGCAUCAACUGCCGGAGCAUCGGGAUCAUCUGCCGGCGGAGCAACCGCAGCCGGAGGAGCCUCGACCAGCAAUGGAGGAGCUGCAGCCGGUGCCGUGGCCACCUACGUCUAAGAGGCGUGGCUGGGAUUCAUUUGCCCCGUUGUUCUUCUGAUUUUCUUCAAAACGAUUCAUAAAUCCCUUAAUCCAAACCAAAAAAAAAAAAAAAAAAACUUUGUGUAAUUCUAUGUGUAAAACGAAAACUGCUUUAAGUGUCUGCAAAAAAGGAAAACCAUUAUAAUUAACUUAAAAGAAAAACAAAGGAAACAAAAAGAAAACAACUGUAAAGUGAAGGAGAAAACUCGCAUGAAUUUAAAGCAUAUAAUUUUGCUUCUUUUGGCUUAUAAAAUUAUUCUAGCAAACAGUUGAACGCCUUUUCAAAAAAAAAAACAAAACAAAAAUACUUUUGUAUAAGCUUAGAAAAACAAAACAAAAAUUGAAUGUAAACGUUGAUAAAAUGAAGGAAGAAGCUGAAAAUUUUAUGAUUGAUGCCUGUUUGUGUAAUAAUUUUUUUUUACUAAACUACAUUUUAGUUAUUAGUGGCACAAGGAUUUAUAUCUACAUGGAAAUCGAGUCGAGUUUUAUGAAACCAAAGAGCAAGGCGAAUUGUGGAAUCGAGAGGGAAUGGAGGCAAUAGCGAAAGGAUAACAUAUAUAUCGAUUCCAAUCUAAACUAAGAUUUGUUCAAAAUGUACAAAAUAUAAGGCUUAAACAACAAACAUCAGGCAGCUUCGAUCAACUGAACGAUUGACUGAAUUGCGAAGAUAAUGCCUUGACUAUUUUGCAAUCAAUUAUUCGAGUAUACAGUACAGAACUGCUCGUUAUCUGAAUAUAAUAACCAAAUAUCGAUGUGUUCACUUAGCAGCAAGUCAAAUAUUCAACUUGACCUCGAUUACUUUUCGCCACAAUCAAAGACUUAAAGGCAAAGGAGCAACAGAGCAGAUUUUCCAACAAGCCAGUCAAAGGAAUAACUAAACUUACAAAUUCCCCUCGUCGGCAAUUCGUAUAUAUAUUGUAUAUCGUAUAAGUUCCGAUUUUCGUCCAUAGUCUAAUGCAAUUUUUCGCGUAUAGUGUUUAAACAGAAUCCUUUCAUUUUGUCCAUUAAUUAUUUAAGUAAAGCAAAUUAGUUAAUUAACAAAUUAGUUGGCCCACUUGUACGAGUCGCGGUCAUUGUAACCUAUUAUAAUACGCAGCUAAAACCUAAAAACAACCUAUAAUUGUUCUAUAUGGUACUCCCUUUUAUUUUAAAUGAAAAUGUUAAAACCCUCGAGAUGCAAUUUGCGUCUCUGGUUUCCACUUAAUCCAGAUAUCUGUAAUAAUAAAGAUGUAUUCAUAAUUUUUUUUAAAAACUAAAAACACACAAAGUGGCAUUAGAAUCUAAACAAACACAAAUAAAAUAAAUGAUAUGAAAAACCAAAACAAACACAAAGAAACACAAUUUAUGUUUUUUGAAAAUCUUCUUUGCUGCUUUGAAAGAAGAAGAAAUGCUUUGUACUUUGUAAGAAACUCGAUCCGAAUAUAUCUACUAAUAUACGAGUAGGAUGUAUAAAUAUUUGUUAGUGCGCUUAAAUCGACACACAAGAAACACAAACCAGGACUCAGUUUUUGAAACAUUGAUUUAAAUCGGUUUAGUUUUAUUUGCGAAUUAGGCAGUAUAUUAAGUGCAUUAGAUGGAUAAAUAAGCUUAUGAUUAUUUGGUCUUUAACGAACAUACAGGGUUGCUUAGUCAAAUUUUUGCAUAGAUUUAAAAACGAAAGGAGAAAGGAUAGAGGAUGAGGCGUGUAAUUUGAUGACUCAUAUUUUGUGCACUGCGUUCUGUUUGUUGUUAAAUUUCAAUUAGCUACUUAUAUAAUGAACUAUAAUCCCCCGGCUUCUGCGCAUAGUUUUCAAUCGAAUCGAAAUAACCCAAAAACGUAAAAACCAAACACCCAGACCUCCCUGAAAAUCGAACCCACACAAAAAUUGGGAGACAAACGAACGAUCCACAAUCCACACACAAUUCACCUGCACCACGCAUAUCCCAACGAUUGAUAUAACAGAAUAUAUACGAGGAGGAAGAGUAUAGAGCGGAUGGGACUAGGAAACUAGAUCAGAAAGGACAUGCAAGGACAAAAAAACAAAUGACAAAAGAACUACAUAAAACAAUACAAACAAAACUUGCUAUACAAACGUAUAUAUGUGUAUAUGGAUAUAUGAUAUAUAUUUACAGUAUAGAGGACAACGAUCUAAAUCUAAUGUUCAUGACAAAGCGAUAUAUAUAUAUAUAUAUACAAAACAUAUAGAGAGAUGUAUAAGAUUUUGCAUAGAUAUUGUGAUUUCCCCCAAAAAUAAAACAAAGGAAAACUGAAAAUAGUCAAUAACAAUUCGGAAGACCGAAAACUCAAAAGUAAACAAUUUAAAGUAAACUAAUAUUUCCUCUUUUGUCGUAUUAACUAAACAAACUAAAGUGUUCAUCAGUGGAACAAUCGAAAUAAUCGUUCGUUUUCGAUGACCGAGCCAGAAAAAGCGAUAUCUAUAUCGAUAACGGUAGCAAAAGAACCACAACAACAACAACUGCACUGCCUGUGUCGGGUUCUAUUUUACAUUAACAUUAACAGAAUCACAAACAUUAACACACUUUAUUAACCGCCGCUUGAGGAAUUCAGAAUUCAGUGAAAACCAAACGCAAAUCAAACAUACCGACAUGCAAACAUUUUUCAAACUAAUAA